AUGGCAGAAGACAUAAUGGUUUAUACUAUUACGACUAAAAACCCUGAGUCAUAUAAUUCUAUAACAACAAACUUACAAAGUCCUCAAGGACGAUAUUGUAAACUAACCUUAAACACAAUGACGACUAAAGCCUGUUUUGCUCUUUUGACACCAGAAGACUUUAUUGUUGUGAAUGGUAAAAAAUACUCCUAUGAAGAUACUUAUUCAGAUAUACCACCAACAGGUUUUGUUGACUUAUUUAAUACUUUAAGUACAGGUGUAACAUGUGCUGCAACUAGAGCAGGUUUCAUUAUGUUUGGAUGUCCGACUGAGUUUACUAUAAACGAUAUGAGCUAUAAUACAAAACUUAUUUCUGGUUUUUACUACCAACAGUUUCCUAUAACAGGAAAAGGUGUCAUACAAGGAAUGUCUAUUCCAUUGACAUUAAGCACACCAAUCUUAUAUAUUGUUUCAAACUUAGGUUCAAAGUGUUAUUCGAAUGUCGACAGAAACUAUUAUGACCAAAAGAUACUUAUGCGUAUAAACAAUACUUUCUCUGCUGGUUUGCCUAUUGUUCAUUCGAAUGCAGAAUUUUCAACCUUAGUGAACUCAAACACUUUGGCAAGUAUAACGUUGACAUUAGUUGACGCAAACUUUGUUCCUGUAAAACUUUUAUGUCCUAUGUAUUUGUCAAUGACGGCAGAAAGUUUCGAAUUGGAAGAUGCAACCGGUGAAAGUAUUGUAUUACAAGAACAACUUCAACAACAAAUAGCUCAAGAACAACAAAUGCAACAAAUGGAACAACAAAGUCAAGAAUAUUAUAGCUCAAGAACAACAAAUAGAUGUUUCAGAUUUUUAUGA